GGCAUCCAGCUACUUCAAUUAGAAAACUGAAGAUGUUGCAGCUCCUACGCAUUGGGCUAAUUGGUCUACUGGCCACGCUGCUGGCGCCAGCAGCGAUUGUGGAGGCCACCUGCGGGCUGUGUUACGGGGCGCACACCUGCACCAGCAACACCACCUUUCAGCUGUGCUAUAAUGGCGUUCCAUAUCCGGAGCAUAGCUUCUCCUGUCCGGAGAAUAACCCGAUUUGCACGGAAUAUGGAGAUAUUUGCAUGGGCACGGAUAGCCUUCCCAUCUGCGGGGAUACUUCCAAGUGUGCACAGUGCAGCAAUGGUGAAAUGUACGCCUGCGCCUCUCGCACCACCUUCGGCAGAUGCGAUGACGGUGUACUCCUGCCCGAGCGCAGUCCUUGCCCCACGGACUGGUUCUGCAGCGUCUCUGGAGCAGCGAUAGGAGAUCCCUGUGUUUCAAGGUGCGAGCCGGACAGUCAAGACACGUGCGACAUGGUCGAGAACGAGUCGGGCACUACGACAACACCUGAUCCGGGCACUACGUCUAGCCCAACUGCCACUGCUGAUCCGAGCACCACAGCUAGCUCAACCUCUGAUAGCAGCAGCAGCAGCAGCAGCAGCAGCGGCACCAGCUCCGCGACAACAGCUGCACCUCCAUUCGAUGCGGAUCAAUAUUGUCGCGGCAUUCAGAAAGCCGGUCGCUUUGCCAUACCAAAUGACACAGAUUGCACCAGCUACAUCAGUUGCUUCUAUAGGGGCGGCGUCUGGCAGGCCAACAUAGUCUCUUGUCCGGCAGAAAAACCUUACUUCAGUGCGAUCUCCGCUUGCGGCACGGUAAGGCCAACCACUGCUGGUUGUAAUUAACUUAAUUGUAACCGUUAUCUGUUUAUAUAAUUGUUUACAAACGAAUCUAUUAAAUAAAGUCUAGAUUUUCCUACUAGCUAUAAUCAUAAA